AUGGGGAAAAUCGAGGAACUCCCCGACGACUUUGACGAGUCCCUCAAUCUCAACAAACCAGAGCAACAGCCGCCUUCUUCCGCGAAAAAUGAAACCGCCAAAGAUGCUGCUUCUGCAGCCGCUGAUGUGGCAUCCAUGACAGCCGAUAAUGUUCCCUUUCCGAUCCACGAGGAAAAAGUGAAGCAGGCAGACCCAAUGGCGCCCGACUUGCCGCCCGCCAUGGCGUCCGUUCGAUCCUACACGGCUGAUGAGCUCGCGGAUAUGAUGAACAAGACGCCGCUAUUCAUGACGGAUUUGGACAAGGCAGGUGAUGAAGAAGGGGAAAAUGUCAUGCUGGACGCUAUCCGCGCACUCCAAAACGAGGGCACCCGUGCCGAAGUCGCCUUGAAUUUCCGCGAGCAGGGCAAUGAAAUGGCCAAGGCAAAGAAUUGGAAGGAUGCCAAGGAAUUCUACACCAAGGGUAUUGCCGUAUUGAACGCAAAGGAGGACAAGUGGGACAAGCCAGAGGACCUGGAGAAGGAGCAGAAAAUGCUUCGCGAGGCGCGGGAGGCAUGUUAUAUCAACCGCGCCCUUUGCAACCUGGAACUGAAAAAUUACCGAUCCACCACUUUGGACUGUGCCCAGGCCCUCAAAGUCAAUCCCAAAAAUAUCAAAGCCUACUAUCGGUCUUCCAUGGCUCUGCUGGCAUUGGACAAGGUCGAUGAAGCCGAGGACGCGGCCUCGCGCGGUCUGAGCAUUGAGCCGAACAACAAAUCCCUCCAACAAGUCGCUUCGAAGAUCGCUGCGCGAAAGAAAGUGCUCGAAGAGAUUGCCGCCAAGAAACGAGCCGAGGAGGAACGUAAACGCAAGGAGAAACAGCUGCUGAACACGGCGCUUCAGGCACGCCAGAUCCGAGUCCGAAAGACCAAAGACGCCCCAGAUAUGGACGACGCCCGGGUGCAGCUGACGCCGGAUCCGCUGUCACCGGAGAGCACGCUGGUCUUCCCGACCAUGUUCCUCUAUCCCGUGGACGCGCAGUCUGACUUUAUCAAGGCGUUUGCGGAGACGGACCGGAUCGCCGACCACCUGGAGUAUCUGUUCCCGCUGCCAUGGGAUUCCAAGCAAGAGUAUCAGCUGUCGACCGUCGACUGCUACAUGGAGACCGCGACAGGUGGCCUCAUCAAGGCAGGGAAAAAGAUACCGCUGCUGCAGAUCCUGAGCGGCGGCAAGGUCGAAGUGGUCGACGAUCUUGUGAAGAUCAUUGUCGUUCCAACGGCGAAAGCGCCGAAGUGGAUAGAGGAAUUCAAGGCUAGGAAGAAGGCGAGCUGA